AUGACGGAGCCCGUUCGAGAAUACGCACACAACGAUUAUACGGUCGGAUGGAUAUGUGCGUUACCAGAACCCGAAUUGGUGGUUGCUAGAGCUAUGUUGGAUGAGGAACAUCCAGUAUUAUCUGCUCCGGAUCCAAAUGAUACGAACUCAUACCUGCUGGGGAGAAUCGGCCCACACAAUGUGGUUAUUGCAUGUCUUCCAGCUGAAGACACAGGCAAGGUUUCUGCGGCUGUGGUAGCCAAGGAUAUGCUUCGCACUUUUAAAGCCAUUCGAUUUGGGUUAAUGGUUGGUGUGGGGGGUGGGGCUCCAUCUUAUCCCCAGCAGCCAACAGAAGCCGACGAGGACGGUUCGGACCAGGAUUCCCAAGAAGACAAUGGAUAUAUCAGAGAUAUCAGACUUGAAGAUGUUGUGAUAAGCUUGCAAACUAAAUUAUCGGACGCUGUUGUGCAAUGGAUGAUGAACGGUUUGUCAAUUGGCGCAAAAAGUUUGUGCCUUCCCUGCUGUGGGUGACCGCCGACCCCGGCUGUGGGAAAUCAACCUUGUCUAGAUCGCUCGUGGAUGAGAACCUGCUCAAUUCCCAAUCGAACGGCAACACAAUUGUGUGCUACUUUUUCUUCAGAGACACAUCUGAUGUACAGAGGAGUCCCACUGCGGCAAUUGCAGCUCUAUUGCACCAAGUCUUCAAAUCCAAAUUUGGAGAGAGCCUGAUUAGAUAUGCACUGCCUAGAUUCAAGUCAGAUGGCGCUAAGCUUUCGACAAAUCUUAGCGCUAUGUGGGCGAUAAUAGAAGACAUAGAAAAGGAUAUAAAUAGUCCGCAAAUGGUCUUUGUAAUCGACGCCCUGGACGAGUGUGAGCGGUCGGAGCAAGGAAGAUUUAUUGAAAGUGUCGAAAGGCUCGAACAGCAACGGCGCAAAUCUUCCAAACCGGUGACUCUCAAGAUUCUCAUCACAAGUCGUCCGUACUGGAAAAUCGAGAAAGGCUUUCAAGAUCAUUAUCGAGGAGCGCCUUGCAUUCGAAUACCUGGAGAAGAUCAAUCACAUAGUUUCCGUUUAGACAUCGAUUCCGUUGUUAAUGCCCAAGUCUGGGGACUAGGUGCCCAGGUAGCUAGCGAAAAGGCAAGGGAGCAACUUCUUCGAGGGCUUUUAGGAUACAAGAAUCGCACGUACUUAUGGGUACACCUUGUGUUCAAGAUUCUUGAAACAGAGCCGCGAAUUGCUACAGAUACAGUCCAUGAUAUAUUGUCAAACUUGCCAGACUCUGUCGAGGAGGCUUAUGUCAAUAUAUUGAACAAGAGUAGAAACUCUGAACAGGCUCGGAAACUUCUUUACAUUAUCGUCGGCGCUAGAGAACCCCUCUUCGUUGAAGAUAUUGGAGUGGCACUUUAUGUCACCUCAAAUAGUCGAACAUAUCAGGAUCUUGAGCUCCCGACUGGGCGACAGUUAGAAAUCACACUUCGAGAUUUGUGCGGGUUAUUCAUCAGCGUAGUUGAAAACCGAGUAUAUUUAAUCCAUCAAACAGCGAAGGAAUUUCUUGUUAAACCACCUGGAACCCAACUGGGAGCAGCCACCGAUUUCUGGAAGCAUUCUUUGUGUAUGAAGGAAGCGGAUUUGAUAUUGCUCAAAAGUUGCCUAUGGUUGUUAUCCUUCGAUGUAUUCGAAAAAACCCCAGAACAAUUUGAUUUAACAAUAGAUGGAACUUUCAAUGGCCCCCUUAGAUUAUAUGAGAAGACACCCAAAGCUAAUGCGUGGAGGGAGUACCUGAACAAUCACCUCUUCUUAGGUUAUUCUGGGAAAUAUUGGACAGUACAUUUCAGAGGCAUUGAAGCUGUUGAUGAGACAAUGUUAGACCUUGCAUUCUCCAUUUGCGAUACCAGGUCUACUCGCUCAGUUUUGUGGCCCCUGAUCUUUCUAGGAGAUGGCCUCAUAGGCGGAGAGGAUUUUAGCGAUGGUUUGAUACUCCUCAGAGAUGGACCAAUACUUGCACUGGCCACCACAGGAAUCGAAGAACUUAUGGCCCCACUGCUCGCGUUAUGA